AUGCCUAAAUUGCAGGCGGCGACUGUGUCGCGCCAGCCUGUCAAUCGCAAGCGAAAGCGCAGGACCCAAGAAGACGAGUCGCAUGCGACCCUGUCCGACACCACUGCGAACACCUCGAGCGCCACCAGACAGACCACGACUGCAGAGACAACAACAACGGUGCCUACAAAAACUCAUGAUGGCGGGCCCAAACCACGAAGGACGAAAGCUACUACCAAGCCAUCCCUGCCUCGAAAGGGUUCCUCUUCUAAUCUUGUCGAGUCAGACAUACCCUGGCCUGAACACUUCAAGUAUUUGAAUCUGCUACACAAAGCCUUGAAUGUUGUCUACACGUUCUGCUGUACUCGCAAACACUUUGCCACAACAUGGGAUAACAUAAAAUCUGCAGUGGAAGGACACAUAAAACGACCGCUGAAAGAAGAAGAUGUGGCGCAGGUCAAAGCCAUAGUACCCCGGGCCAUCAACUUCUCCUAUGUUGACGAAGAACAUUUGAUGGUUACAAUCAUGGGCGAGGACGACGGCAUCAGGGGCGGAAGAGCCGAUCAUUUCAGAUCCUUGGCAGAAGACGAAAGGGGUUGUAACGAACAGCCAGGGACACCCAAAGAGUUACUCUUCUUCGAGUUUGUUGAUGGAGACCUCAAGCGACAAGUAAUCGAUCCGAAGACAGGACAGCCGACUAGAGCGUCCCAAAAGUUACGGAACGAAGACCUGAAGAUGCCGGUAUUCAGCCAAAAGUCGAUGUUGAAGCUGAUCGAAAAGCGGAAUCAGAAAUUUACCUCUGCCGUAAAUGCUUUCCUCAAUCAAUGCGCUGAAGACCACACCGAUGCUGUGGAGAAAAUCAUGGAACUGAAGCAACAGUACAUACCUGUGCCUUCGUCCAGUAGAACCAGUACCCCUGCCCCAGAGACGCACAGCUUGCCAAAGACCAUCCCUAAGGACCGGAAAUCCAUCUCAGAGAUCGUACAAGAGCUCACCGAACUCGAAUGGUACACUCAACAGAUUGUCCCAGAUGGUCAUCGCGUAUUUGAUCCGCAGCCCGCUAUUUACGGAGACCUGAAUUUUCAGUUGUCUCAGAAUCUAGUCAAUGCUCUUUACAACAACAAGGGUAUAACUCAACUUUACUCGCAUCAGGCUGAGGCUAUCAACAACUUGCAUGACGGACAUCAUGUCAUUGUUUCUACCUCUACAAGCUCUGGCAAGUCCUUGAUCUACCAAAUUCCCAUGCUCCAUGAGCUCGAACGAGAUCCGGAAAGCCGUGGGAUGUAUAUAUUCCCAACCAAGGCUCUCGCGCAAGAUCAGCGAAGAAGCAUGAAGGAGCUGCUGGGGUAUAUACCGGGCCUCGAACAUACUAUCGUAGAGACUUUUGAUGGAGACACGCCAAUGAAUGCAAGAAACGCCAUACGCGACCAAGGCCGAAUUAUCUUUACCAAUCCAGAUAUGUUGCAUAUCACCAUCCUACCACAAGAAAGCGGUUGGCGUACGUUCCUCCAGAACCUGAAAUACGUCGUCGUGGAUGAACUGCACGUUUACAAUGGUCUGUUUGGGGCCCAUGUGGCUUUCAUUAUGCGCCGAUUACGAAGAAUAUGUGCCGCGGUGGGGAAUCGAAAGGUCAAAUUUAUAUCUUGUUCAGCUACUGUGGCGAACCCAGAAGAGCAUAUGAAGACUAUUUUCGGUGUAGACAAGGUGAAGCUGACUGAUUUUGACGGGUCUCCCUCCGGACGGAAAGAGUUCAUCUGUUGGAACACGCCGUACAAGGACCCGGGUGAUCCUUCGUCUGGUCGAGGGGACACAUUUGCAGAGACAGCUCGAUUAAUCUGUCAACUUAUCCUGCGAGGUGUUCGAACCAUUGCGUUUUGCCGUGUACGCAAGCAGUGUGAGGUGCUCCUGGCAGCAGUGAAAGCUGAAUUCACCAACCUCGAAAGGCCCGAAUGUGCGGCCCUCGUCAUGGGUUACCGUGGCGGUUAUUCGGCUCAAGAUCGUCGUCGGAUCGAAUCUGAAAUGUUCGGUGGCAAGCUAAUGGGCAUAAUCGCAACGACCGCCCUAGAACUCGGUGUCGACAUCGGCUCCCUUGACGCAGUCGUCACAAUGGGAUUUCCUUACACCAUUGCUAACCUGCGGCAACAGAGCGGUCGAGCCGGGCGACGUAACCGAGACUCCCUUUCUGUUCUUGUGGGAGAUUGUUUCCCCGUCGACCAGUACUACAUGCAGAACCCAGACGAGAUCUUCACGAAGCCUAAUUGUGAACUGCAGGUCGAUCUGCAGAACGAGCUCGUAGUCGAAGGACACAUGCAGUGUGCUGCGUACGAGAUGCCAAUCAAGCCAGAUGAGGACGUCAAAUUCCUUGGAAAAAUGCUGCCGGAAAUAUGCACGGAGCGCCUCAGUUAUGAUCCCAUGGGAUUCUAUCACUGUAACGAGCGGUUUCGACCGUUACCUUCGAAAUGUGUGGCUAUCCGCGAUACCGAAGACGAACACUUCGCCGUCAUCGACAUCACGCAUGGACGCAAUAUUGUGCUCGAGGAAGUCGAGGCCUCUCGCGCAUUUUUCACUCUCUACGACGGCGGCAUCUUUUUGCACCAGGGAAGGACCUACAUGGUCAAAGAGUUCUCGCCUGAGAGGAAGAUCGCCCGUGUCCAACUUGUCAAGGUAGACUGGACAACGCAGCAGCGAGACUAUACGGACGUCGACCCCAUCGAGACAGAGCAGGUCCGCCGCGUCAGCGAAAGGUCGCUGACAAAGGCGUUCUUCGGCAAAAUAAAGGUCAAGGCCGUCGUGUUUGGGUUCUUCAAGGUCGAUCAGAAGGGACGCAUCCUCGACGCCGUUGCGGUGGAUAACCCCCCUGUCGUCAUCUUCUCGCGUGGCCUGUGGUUGGAUAUCCCGAAAUACGCCCUGCAGAUCCUCAAAGACAAACGGCUCAAUCUCGCGGCUGGCAUCCACGCAGCGGAACAUGCGCUCAUGAGCCUCAUGCCGCAGUUCGUGGUGAGUAUGCCUGGCGAUGUGCGGACCGAAUGCAAGAACGCGCUCAAGGAGUUUGCGAAGAAGGAAACGCAGCGGAAACGGCCGGCGCGCUUGACCUUCUACGACGCAAAGGGAGGCGCGGCCGGGUCGGGCAUCGCCGCAAAGGCCUUUGAGUUUAUCGAUGUCCUGCUUGAGAGGGCCGUGCAGCGCGUGGCGGCCUGCCAUUGUCUCGAAGGGUGUACCGAGUGUAUUUGUGACGAGAGGUGUAAGGAGAAGAAUAUGAUCAUGAGCAAGGCAGGCGCCGAGGUUAUCUUGAAGAGUCUCAUUGGCGCAGAGAUCGAUAUCGAUGCUUUGCCCGAGGGCGAGGAGGAGAGGGUUCCUGCCGGCGUGGAGACGGUGGUGUUUGCGGACGAAGUCAUGGGUCACAAUGGCCGACGGGUACAGGAAAAGGGGUUCGUCAAGCGCGAAAAGGAUGAUGACGAGUAUAUUAUCAUCAAGGAGGAAUCUGGGGAUUAA